AUGGCGGCGGCUUCUCUGAGAACGUUGGCAAUUCUGGUGGUGCUUGCCGGAACCCUAGUUUUCAACAACGACGUCGUAGUAAUGGUUUCAGCUCAGUGCGGAGGAAGCAUACCGGACAUGGUAUCGCAGUGCGAGCAGUACGUGCAGAAGACAGGGCCGACGAUACCGCCGUCGCCGGCGUGUUGCACGGAGUUGAGGAAGUUCGAUGUGAACUGUAUGUGCCAGUAUAUCACCAGCGACAUCGUUAAUCUCAUAAGCGUCCCUAAGGCCAUCUACGUUUUUCAGACUUGUGGCCUCAGUCUUCCCCACGGAACCAAAUGUGGAGCAAUCACUGUCCCAUGA